UCAAUUUUAGUCAAUAAUAAAUUUCACGUGAACUCAAUUAGCUGACUACUACAGUUAAGGCAGCUAUUAAUGGUUAGUACAUAAAAAUAUUUAUACGAAUGGGUAGAAAGAAAGUACGUCAGAGGGAAAAAGAUCAGUCUUCUAGCGAUGAAGACGGUCCACAAAUGCUCCCACCUAAUCUGCUUAACUUAAAUGCAACUGUGCAUUCUAAUUAUGAUUAUACAGAUAAUUCGGAUAUAACCAUGACCGAAGAUGCUUCUAAUGCAAAACACAAGUUCAAAUCUCAAAAACUCUUAGAUAAAGGCUCACAAAAAAAGGGCACAGUUACCACCUUUAAAGCUUUAUAUAAUAAACUCGAAUUUUUAGAAAUAACUGAAGAAAAGUCAGUAGAUAUAAUAACAACAGAUCUUCAAAGUACGAAUAAGGUUAAAAAGCAGAAAAACAGUAAACUCUAUGGAGAAAGUAGUAAUGAUAAUAAAAAUACGCAGAAAAAGUCUGCCGUUAUUGAGAUUCAAGGCAAAGCGAGUGUCGAGUUAAACACUGGAAAAAAGACAGCUUUGGAAAGGAUUAACGACACCAAAAAGAAAGUUGUUUAUAGCAGUAAAAAGAAAAAUAAGAGCGUCGAAAUAAAAUCGGAAGUGAGUAUUGCUGCUUCUGUUGCGUGCCCUGAACUUUCAACUGAAGAAAAAAAAGUGAGUACCAAGACUGUUCAAGCUACAGUCGAGAAUGUGGUUUCUGAUUGGGAAGCCCUCGAUUGGGAAGCUUCUGAUUAUGACUCUUCGAAUCCUGACUCGUCUACCGUCGACUCUCCUGAUAAGGCUCCUGAAAAGGGCCCUUCUCAGCCGGAAGCGCCUCCUCAAGCCGCGGCAGAGGCAACACUCCGGUCUCCUAUUUGCUGUGUUCUCGGCCAUGUAGACACCGGAAAGACAAAACUUUUGGAUAACAUUCGCUCUACAAACGUUCAGGAUGGCGAAGCAGGCGGGAUUACCCAGCAAAUUGGGGCCACGUUUGUCCCCACCUCUGCACUGGCUCAAAGGACCGCCGUUAUAAAUAGGCAGGGCCGACUGGAGCUGAAGGUUCCAGGCUUGCUGGUGAUCGACACACCAGGCCACGAGUCCUUUUCCAAUCUUCGACUUCGUGGGUCAUCUCUUUGUGACAUCGCGAUUCUCGUUGUUGACAUCCAGCACGGACUGGAGCAGCAGACUAUUGAAUCCAUCAGCAUCUUAAAAAAAAGAAAAACGCCUUUCGUGGUUGCUAUCAAUAAGAUUGACGUGUGUUAUGGGUGGACGCCCCGCCUCCAUUCCGGGUUUAGGGCCUCUUUUAAAAACCAGAAGGGCCAUGCGCAGAAACACUUUAACGAGCUGGCCUCAAAGAUAGUCCUUCAGUUAGCAGAGCAGGGCUUCAAUGCUGCUCUAUACUAUGAGAAUAAGGAUUUAAAAAAAACAGUUAGUUUAGUGCCGACCUCUGCUAAGACGGGAGAGGGCAUCCCGGAUCUUCUGGGGUUAAUAGUGCAGCUGACCCAGCGGUGGAUGGCCACCCGCAUCUCUUUCAAAACUAACGUAGAAUGUACCAUUUUGGAGGUCAAAAAGGUGCAAGGGCUGGGCACCACGGUCGAUGUAAUAUUAUCACAGGGCUCCUUAAAACAAGGUCAGACAAUUGUCCUGUGUGGUCUGGACGGACCAAUACGGACAACUAUUAGGGAAUUGCUCAUGCCGCAGCCCCUUCGUGAACUACGCGUGAAAUCGAACUAUGUCUCACACAAAGUUGUCUCGGCUGCCCAGGGGGUUAAAAUUUUUGCAAAGCAUUUGGAAAGCGCAGUGGCCGGAACACCGUUGUAUGUUAUUGAUGACAAUACGGACGAAUCGCGCAUAAAAGAGAUAGAAGAAAAGGUUAUUAAUGAGCUGAAGGCCUCUUUGGAUCGAUUUGAGACGCAAGAAGAGGGCGUUUGCGCUCAGGCCUCCACUUUGGGCGCUUUAGAGGCCUUGCUUGUAUUUUUUGAAACUUCAAAGAUUCCAGUUUCCAGCGUGGAUAUUGGACCAGUCCACAAGAAGCAAGUUGUCAAAUGCUCGACGCAAAAGGACGCUCUUUACUCGUGCAUCCUUGCCUUUGACGUGCCUGUGGAUCCGGAGGCCAAAAAACUCGCUAAGCAGAAGAAAAUUACAAUUUUUACCGCGGAUAUUAUAUAUCAUUUGUUUGAUCGCUACAUGGAAUUCAGAAAGACUGAACUGGAGAAGCGAAAGCGCGCUGUGGCGCACUUAGCGUGGUUUCCAUGCGUCCUGCAAAUCCUCCCUGAAUCGAUUUUUAGGAACCGCGAUCCGCUUAUAAUGGGCGUCACGGUAGUGGAGGGCACUCUGAGGUCGGGCGUUCCUAUAGUUGUUCCCGACAAAGACUUUCUUGAACUCGGAGUGGUUGAUUCUAUUCAAAUUAACAAUAAAGACUUGCCAACGGCGAAGACUGGGCAAAGCGUGUGUGUUCGCAUCCAGAACACUCGGGAUGCUCCCCGGAUGUACGGUCGUCACUUUGACCACACUAAUCUGCUCUAUACAAACCUAAGCCGCCGGGCUAUUGACGUUCUUAAGGAGCAUUACAAGGAGGAAAUGACUAAAAAUGACUGGAAGUUGAUAGUUAAAAUGAAAAAAAUCUUUAAGAUUUUAUAAAGCAGGUUUGCUAAACUAAAAAUUAGUAUUUCUGACUUCCAGUGGCACUAAGCACGUAGUCC